AUGUUUCCUGUUUCAGGUAAGAAAUGGCGUUCGCUGACGCCUCAAGAUAGGCGGCCGUACGUCGAGGAGGCGGAACGCCUACGCGUCAUCCACAUGACGGAGCACCCCAACUACAAAUACCGCCCGCGGAGGAGGAAGCAGAACAAGACUAGGCCGAACCAGCCGGCGGCACCGGCGAGCGCGCCGCCCGCCGCCACCGCCGCCCUGGGAUCCCCCUACGCCACCGGAACUGACUCUCCAGACACUCGCUUCUCUCACAAUCCCGCGGCUGGCUUCUCCCCCUACCGCACCUCGCCCCUCGCCUCCGACUACCAGACCAACCAGUUCAACGGCCACGUACAGACACCCGAGUCCUCUCCCGCGAGGUCUCCGGAGCCGCAGGGCAGGAGGAGCGCGCCUGCAGAGGCCCCCCUUCCAACUCCCGACGCAUCCCCCGUAGAGAACGAAAAGGAAAACUUCCAAUACGAGGAGCGGCGAAGAGCCAUGAACGCCUCGAUCUCGGACUCGUACUCGUACAAGUUCAGGGCGCCCGGCUCUUUCUCGCCGGCGCCCGUCGCCGCCAUGGGCAUGGCGAACGGCAUGUACGUGAUGUGCACCCAGAGGACUCUCGCUGAGCAGCCGCCGCUCGUGACCGGCACGUUUUUCCCGCCGGUGGCCACGUCCCAGGACCAACAGACUCUGGGCACAUCGGCGCCCAGGGUUUCAUCUGCACCGAGCGGCUCGCUCAACGCCGAAUACAACAUCCAGUACCAUCCGUACGAGCAGUACGAGCAGAUGUACAAAACUGAGGAGUCCUACGUGCACUAUCCGGAACAGCCGAAGACCGAGUACGACGGCGGCAACUACUUCUCCGAGGAGCCUCCGUCUGGUCAAGCCGAAUCGGAGCAGGGCUACAUGACGUCACGUCCGGAAAUAAGGACCGGCUCGCCGGAGUCCGACGUGGACGCGCGAGAGUUCGACAAGUAUUUGGACUACGGCACCGAGGGAACAAUGGAACAGCACCAGCAGUACAGAUACGAGCAACAGCAGGGCUACAGACCUUAUUGCGGUGAAGCCGCGCCCGGUCAGGAGUACUGUUCAGAAAGGAUGUACGCUUCGCCGUACCCGACCGUUAUUACCGGAGCUCCGCCCCCCGGGCCGUACGCGCCCCCAGCGCCGGGCGCGGAGGUGAGACCAGAGGACGAGUUUAGCGUGAUCUUAGCUGGUGUCAGACAGACCUGCUACAGUAAC